UGGCGUGGGGGGGGGGGGGCGAAGCAGGAAGCGGCCGAGGAGGCGGAGGCCCUCAGAGCAAUCGAGAGAAGCGCCGCGCCGACCGCGAAGCCCCCACGCCGGGCCGCCGAGGGGGCCGGGCCCGCGAAGAGCCUUCCCAGCCCCCGCCAUGGGGGACAUGAAGACCCCGGAUUUUGACGACCUCCUGGCGGCCUUCGACAUCCCCGACAUCGACACCCCCGACAUCGACAGCGGCGAGGCCAUCCACCCGGGCCACGAGGAGGCCGAGGCUCCCGUCCGUCCGGUCCCCGCGGAGGCGGCUUCCCCCGAGCACGUCCUGCCGCACGCCGACAUCACCACCGUCAGCGUCAUCGUCAAGAACACCGUCUGCCCCGAGCAGCUGGAGCCGGCCGACGGGGGCCUCAAGGAGGGCAGUGGCCCCCCGGGGGGCUCCCGCUUGCUGCAAAAUGGCUUCGCGGCUGCCGAGGUGCCUCGAGUCUCCCCGGCGGAAGCCGUGACCCCCGCCAACGGAGAGUGCUGGGCCCUGAAGGAGAAGGCCCCCAAGAGCCUGGACCUCUUCUCCCCCUUCAGCCCCCAGCCCGACAAGGACGGGGAGGCGGACCUGAUUGACCAGCCGCGGGGAUGCCAGGCCAAGGAGCAGGGCCUGGUGGGGGGGCCCAUCCCCCCGGCACCCCUCUUGUCCGCUGCCCCCUCCCUGGACCGCCCCGAACCCGUCGAGGAGCGCCUGGGACCCUCACCCCCUCCGGCCUUCCCUCCGGCCUUUGAAACGGGGACCCCUGGCGGGAUGGGCCUCUCGCUGAGCCCCCCUCCUCCUCCUCUUCCUCCUCUUCCUCCUCUUCCUCCUCCGGCCGCUCCUCCUCCUCCUCUUCCGGCUCCUCCUGUCAUCAAGCAGGAGGCGGACUGCGAGAUGCCUUGCCAGAGCUCCAGCCCCCUCGGCCCCCCCAAGCCCGCUUCCUCCUGCUACUCCGCAGAGAAGCCCCCCCGGGUGCCCUGGCCCGGCUCCCAGGCGGACCUGGAGGGAGACCUGCCCGACAUCAAGCACCCCCUGUGCAGCCCCCGGGAGCAGCUCCUCCAGGACCCCCCACAGAAGGCAGCCAGUCCCGGGCCCCCAAAGCCCCCCGGCAGUGGCUCCCUGAAGGAAGAGCCGGUGGAAAAGCCCCUGCAGUGCCCGCCGGUCCCUUCCAGUGGGGAGGAAGAGGAGGAGGAGGAGGAUGGGGGGGAGCAGAGCCCCGGCUCCCCCUCCAGUUCCUCCCGGCCGCUCAAAGUCAGGAUCAAGACCAUCAAGACGUCCUCGGGGAGCAUCACCCGGACGGUCACGAGGGUCUCGGCGGACGCUGAUCCGUCAGCCGCCAAGUUGCCCUCCGAUCCAGAGACCUUGGCGGCCGGGGACGCCCUUCUCCCUGCCCUCCUGGCCCAGAAGGAGGAGCCCGCUCCGGAGAGUCCCGGCACGAAGGUCCCGGCGAUGGCCAGCCCGGUGAAGGUGGCGACGGCGGAAGCCCCCAAGGUGGUCAGCGUCCAGCUGGGCGACGGCACCAAGCUGAAGGGCACGGUGCUGCCGGUCUCCACCCUCCAGAACGCCAGCAGCGCCAUGCUGAUGGCGGCCAGCGUGGCCCAGCAGAAGGCGGUGGUGCUGCCCACCAAGGCCCUGGCCAAGAGCAUCCUCAGCCUGGUGCCCCAGCCCCUCCCCAAGGCCCCCGAGGUCAGGGGCCCCGCCCCGCCCGCCAGCCAGAAGCUGAACGGCACCACGGUGGUGGUGAUGCAGCCGCAGAAGCCCUCGGCCCCCGUGGCCGGCAGCGUCAUCUCCCGCAGCCAGUCCAGCCUGGUGGAGGCCUUCAACAAGAUCCUCAACAGCAAGAACCUCCUGCCCCCCUACAAGCCCAACCUGCUGCCCCCCGCCGAGGCCAGCCUGGCCCUGCCGCCCCUGGGCUACCGCUGCCUGGAGUGCGGCGACGCCUUCGCCCUGGAGAAGAGCCUGGCCCGGCACUACGACCGGCGCAGCCUGCGGGUGGAGGUGACCUGCAACCACUGCGCCAAGCGCCUGGUCUUCUUCAACAAGUGCAGCCUCCUGCUGCACGCCCGCGAGCACAAGGACAAGGGGCUGGUCAUGCAGUGCUCCCACCUGGUCAUGCGGCCCAUCGCCCUCGACCAGAUGGUCGGCCAGCCGGACGUGGCCCCCCUCGUCCCCCUGGCGGCCCCCCUCGGCCAGGCCGGCAAGGCCGCCUCCCCGGCCGGCAGCGCCGCAGAGGUCGGGGUGGCCAACGGAGGCGCCCCCGGCCAGGACCUCCCCGUCCUGCCCCUGGCCGGCACCGAGCACCCGCCGGGGGGCGGCAGCAACUCCUGCCAGUGCCUGGAGUGCCAGGAGCAGUGCAAGGACAAGGCCGCCCUGGCCGCCCACUUCCAGCAGGCCGGGAGCCCCACCUCCACGGUGUGCAACAGCUGCCCGAUGAUCAUGGCCAACCGUUGCAGCUUCAGCGCCCACCAGCGCAUGCACAAGAGCCGGGCGCCCCACGUCUGCCCCGAGUGCGGGGGGAACUUCCUGCUGGCCAACUUCGACGCCCACCUGAAGGACGCCUGCCUCCACUUCUCCAGGAGGAUCGGCUACAGGUGUCCCAGCUGCUCUGUGGUCUUCGGUGGGGUGAACUCCAUCAAGUCCCACAUCCAGACGUCCCACUGCGAGGUCUUCCACAAGUGCCCCGUCUGCCCCAUGGCCUUCAAGUCGGCCCCCAGCGCCCACGGCCACAUCUACACCCAGCACCCGGGCUUCAGCAACCAGCAGUCCAAAAUGAUCUACAAGUGUGCCAUGUGUGACACGGUCUUCACCCACAAGCCCCUCCUCUCCUCCCACUUCGACCAGCACCUGGUCAACCAGAGGGUCAGCGUCUUCAAGUGCCCCGACUGCCCUCUGCUCUUCGCCCAGAAGCGGACCAUGCUGGAGCACCUCAAGAACAGCCACCAGCAGCAGCAGCAGAAGCCCAAGGAGGAAGCGGUCAAGAAGCCUCCCGCCGCCACCCCAAAGCCAGGUCCGGCCGAGGAGGAGCCCCCGCCACCCAUCGCCAAGCCCUCCUCCUCCUCCUCUUCCUCCUCCUCCUCCUCCUCGGAAGACGACCCCCCCAGCUCCCCCGAGCUGCGCAAGAGCAAGCGGGGCCGCUUCCAGCGCAAGGCGGAGAUGGGCCGACGGUCGCGCAGCAACGGCUGGACCUGCGGCGUCUGCCACUCCUGGUUCCCCGAGAGGGACGAGUACGUGGUGCACAUGAAGAAGGUCCACGGGAAGUGUGUGAAGAAGUUCCCCUGCCACCUGUGCGAGCGCUCCUUCUGCUCCGCCCCCAGCCUGCGCAGGCACGUCCGGGUGAAUCACGAGGGCAUCAAGAGGGUCUACCCCUGCAGGUACUGUACGGAGGGCAAACGGACCUUCAGCAGCCGCCUCAUCCUGGAGAAACACAUCCAGGUGCGACACGGGAUCAAGGUGACCGACGCCAACCGCAGCGAGGAGGUGCUCGCCACCCGCUUGGGCUCCAGGAACUCCCAGGGCUCCAGCCGGAAGCGCAAGCUCUCCUCGGACGACGGCGACUCCUGCAGCGAAGAGCCGGACAGCACCACCCCGCCCUCCAAGACCCCCAAGGGCAGCCGGCGCUCCCCCUACCACUGCCGUAAGUGUGGCUACGUGGCCCCCACGGCGGCCGACUUCCAGGAGCACAUCCCCCGCCACCGGACAGGCGAGAGUGCCCACCAGUGCCACGAGUGCGGACUCUGCUUCACCUCCCAGGUCUCCCUCAACCGCCACCGCUUCAUCACCCACAAAAAGAAGCGGAGCGACGGGGAGGCCGGCGUCCCCCGGGGGGCCCCCGAGGAAGGCUCCCCCCCGGCCCACGAGGGCAGCCUCUCCUGCACCGUCUGCGGCAAGGCCUUCGACACCCAGCUCAACCUCAAGACUCACUUCCGCACCCACGGAAUGGCCUUCAUCAAGGCGCGACAGACCGGUGGGGGCGAGAACUAGCCGGGUCCCGGAGCCGCGUCGGAGGGGGGGGGAACGUGCCCCUCGUGGCUCCUUCCGCGGCUCGAGUGAUGGAGACGCCUUAUUUAUCCUCCCAGCCCCGCCUUCUGCGGCCGCCUCUCGGGAGUCCCAGGAUCCCUCGGCUGGCAGCUUGGGGGGAAGGGGGCGAGUGGGGGGCUCUUCUCUCCCUCCCCUUUUUCAGGCCCCUGGUGGCCAAAGGGUGGUGGGCUUCAGCGGCCGGGAGGUGACCCCUCGGGAGGGAGGGACGGACGGACUUCAACCCUUCAACCCUCCCCGUCCUGCCCUGCCUGAAGGAACAUGGGUGUUGAAGUAUGAUGCAUGAAGAGAACACGUGUGUUUGCGGGAGACCCCCCCCCCGACUCCCCCCUAUUUCUUCGGCCAUCACCACUCCGAGUUUUUUUUCCCCCUUUCCUGUCUCCGAGGUUCCCUCAGAGGAGAAUUGGGGUCUUUCCCCCCCCUAAUUGAUGCUUCUCCGCCUCUUGUUUCCUGGGGUGGAAAGUCUCGCGCUCCAGAUCAUGGCUUGAUUCACUCCAAGGAAGAUGGCUUGGCGUCUCCUGCGCUGACUAACCAUGAUGGCUAGCUGAAAACCAAGAAAAAGCUCUCUCUUUUUUUAAAUCUCUUUUUUUUUUUCCAAACCAUUCCAGGCUUUUGGAGGUCUCUGCUUGCCCCCCACCCACCCUCUGUCUCUCGCCCUUGGCAUGGUGCCCUCCCAGCAUUUGGGGGGGGGGUGCCUUGGGCUUGUGCCCCCCCACCCUCUUCCUUCAGCUGGUGCUUAGGAGGGAAGGAAAUAAAACGGAUUAGCCCUUGAUUUUUACAAGCCACAAACCCCUUGCUUGUAAAAUCUGAAUCUUGUGGGGGUCUGGUGAGGCGUCUGUGCCUGGUCGGGGGGGAGGGAAGGGGGCAGGAAUUGGUUCCUGGGGAGGGGGCUCUCUCCGAAUGGGCCCCUGGGCUCCCCAUGGGGGCACCCCAGAAGAGAUCAGGACAAUCAGGUUAUUUCUACAGCCUCCAUCCCUUCCCUCUCCCCCCCCCCCACAUUUCCAGCCCCCACCUUGACACCCCUCCCAGCAUUCCUCUUCCGGUUCAGCCGAAAUCCGAAGCCCCCUCCCCAUCCAGUCCCCACCAGAUCCGCCCUUUUGGAAAACGCUGGAAUUCCAGCACGGCGUUUUCCUCCGGCCGCGGGUUCGAGACAGGCGCAAUUCCUUGCUUUAGGCCUUCACGGGCUCCAGAAUCCUGAAAAUAACUUGUUCAGGGUUUUAUUUUUUAAAAAUUUUAAUUUUAGUCUUAAGACCGGGUGUCGGUCUCUCUGGAUUUGGGUUCCUUUUCGUUCCUGGGUUUGGUUUUCAUUAUUAUUAUUAUUAUUAUUGUUAUUUUUGAGUGGUCACUAACGGGAGACUAACGAAGCGUGUGUCCUUUGAACCGAUCAUGUAACGGAUACUUAAAAGGAAAAAAAAAAAGAACCAGCUCUAUGAAUGAAAGCGGAGAAGUCGAGAGACUCUGGUGCUAAGUGAUUAUUUCCCCAAAGAGCAGAAAAAGAUGGGUUAAAAAUUAGGUUUUUAUGACCAUUUGCUUAAGCCGGGGGGCGGGGUGUGUGUGUCCAAAUGUGGGACCUUGAAGACUUGUGUGGACUUCAACUCCCAGAAUUCCCCCAGCUGGCCAUGCGUGUGUGUGUGUGUGUGUGUGUGUGUGUGUGUGUGUCACCCAUCUUCACAAGAUUGGGGGAAUUGUGCAAAAGAAGCUUUCUUGGCUUCGGGAGGGGCCGGGCAGGGCGGAAGCAGGUGAUCUUCCGGGCCCCCCCUUGGAGUGAAUUUUCCCCUCCGUCCCCGGAGUCCGAAUGAAGCUCUUACUCUCCCGUAGGCUUUCCUGGGCAUUGUGGCUUCUCCCACCCACCACCCACCCACCCAAACACAGAGCAUCUCGUCUGAGCCGGUCGGGGUCCCCCGUGGAGGGUCUCCAGGGCUUUGGGCCAGUAAAUUCUACCCACUCUCUUUCCUUAAUCAUGGUCUGUCGGAGGGAAACACCCCCCCCUCACCUUCCCCCUUGGGCAAUCAUGAGAAGUUUUUUCCCUCCAGGGACCCCCCAGGUGAUUUCUUCCUUUUUUUUUAAUAGAAAAAGAAAAAGGGGGGGGAACAUGCAGCAAUCAAUAAAGUCCAUUUUCAGAAGGGUC